UUAAAGUGCCCUCACUGAUUGAAAAGUUGCUUCCAAGACCGCGCCUACUUGUUUCAGACUGAGCACUUCGAGAGAGAGAGAUAACGGGACAAGCCGACAACCAAGAAGCCCCUGAAUAAAAGUGGACAUCUAUUCCUGUUACUCCCAGCUGACAUUAACUUCCCUGUAAAUCUUCCUUUGUGAGCCAAUCAUGCCGGUGGUGGUGCGUUCCUCGCCUCUCCUGUGGGCCCGUGUGGCUGCCAUGGUUUUCGCCUGCGUAGCGUUCAGCGUGGCUCUUUAUGGAGCGAACCUAACCCACGGCACGGGUGACUGGUGCAUUUUCUGCUGGAGUUUCAGUUUCGUUGGAACUCUCUUAAUAGUCUUAGUGGAAAUGUUCGGCCUGCAGACCCGCUCCCCCGUCUCAUGGAAGAACUUUCCGAUCACGUUCGCCUGCUACGCCUCCCUCCUCUGCCUUUCCGCCUCGAUCAUAUUCCCCCUUUACUUUCUGAAGGGCUACGCCGGUCGCGACGAGAUGAUCAACUGCCGCAUUGUGUCCACAGUAUUUUCUUGCCUCGCCACUAUUGCAUACUUAAGUGACGUGAGUCUGAGUAAAGCCCGUCCAGGAGAAGUCGCCGGCUACAUGGCCACGGCACCUGGACUGCUAAAGGUGUGCGAGACCUUCGUCGCCUGCAUCAUAUUCGUGUUCAUCAGCGAGCCCGUAUCGUAUGACCAGAACACGGCGACCCAGUGGUGCCUGGCCGUGUACUGCAUCUGCUUCAUCUUGUCGGCAGCCAUUAUCGUGAUGUGUGUAGGAGAGUGCACAGGUUGCUUGCCCUUCUCCUUCGCCCGCUUCUUGUCCACAUACGCCCUCUUGGCUGUGGGCUUGUAUUUGUCUGCCACCAUCAUCUGGCCCAUUUAUAAGUUCGACAGUAAGCAUGGAGGCCAGAGCCACAGGCCCAACAGCUGUGGCUCCACUAACGGCCUGUGCCCAUGGGACAAGCUGCUGGCCAUCUCGGUCCUCAGCGCUCUCAACUUCAUUCUUUAUCUGUCUGAUCUCAUCUACUCGGCCAGGCUGGUGUUUGUUUCAGCUUAAGGGGUUUAGCAGGAAUUUUAAAAAAUGAAAAAAGGCAGAAAGAGGGAAAUGGGUUGGAGAGUAGUGAUGUUGAAAUAAAAGGUCAUAAACUAUAUCCACUGUUAGCUGUAUUUUUUGUCAUGCCUGUUUAGCAAUCACGUGUACAGAAGGCAAAAAAGGUCAGACUUUGAAAAGUUUACAGAAGAGUGUAAAAUGUAAGAAAUGGACAAAUUAAUUUUAAAUAUAUGUUACAAUAAAAAAUAAUUUUUAUAUAAAUACUACCGUUCAAAAGUUGGGGUUGGUAUGAUUUUUAAAGAUUCUUUUAAUAAGGCUGCUUUCAAGCGUGAAAACAUUGUGAAAUAUCAUUAAAAUGUUAUAUGCUUGCUAUUUUAAUAUGUUUUUUAAAAUAUAAUUUAUUUCUGUGAUCUCCAAUCUUCAGUGUCACAUGACCCUUUGGAAAUUUGGUGAAAUUUGGCUGAUUUGGUGUUAAAAAACAUUAAAAAUAUUUGUGCUGCCUAAUAUUUUUGUGGAAAGCAUGAUACUUUUUCAGGAUUUUUAAAAUGUAUGCCAAGUUAAAAAAACAGCAUUUAUUCGAAAUAGAAAUCUUUUCUGACUAUUUAAAAGUCUUUACUCUCACUUUUUAUCAAUGUAUCGCAUCCUUCCAGAAUAAAAGGAUUAAAUGAAGUAUUAAAAAGGUCAAACUGGCCCCAAACUUUUGAACGGUAGUAUAUGGUAACACUUUACAACAAGGUUUAUUAGUUAACUACAUUAGUUAACAUGAGCUAAGAAUGAACAAUACUUCUACAGUGUUUAUUAAUCUUACGCAAUGUAUUGUUAAAGUCAAAAGUUGUGUUUGUUAACAUUAAUGCACUGCGAACUUGAACAAACAAUGAAUGACUAUAUUUUUAAGUAACAUUAACAAAGAUGAAUAAAUAGUGUAAUAAAUGUAUUAUUCAUAGUUUUUUUUUUUACAUUAGGCAACACAUUAACUGAUGUUAACUAAUGACACCUUACUGUAAAGUGUUACAAUAAAAAAUGACGGGUUAAAACAACAAAACUUGGGUUAUUUGGCAACCCAAUGCUGGGUAAAUAUUGGACAGAAGACAUGCUGGGUUAUUUUGGGUCAAAUGUUUUUACCAAACAUGCUGGGUUAUUUUAUUUAAGUCAACUAUUGUUUAAAAAGUAUUAUAUUGCUGGCUUAAAUAGACUGAAACUUAUUUAAAAAAAUACAGAAUUACUGAAAUAGCGCUAAUUCUCGUGCCGGUGUGUCGCCGAAAUCUGAGCCGGUGAAGGGUUGGUGUUCGCCGGGGUAACUGCGAACUACGGGCCGCAGUCGCGCGUUUUACUCAUAGCUGACAGAUGCCGUGAACGACUCCAAAACCUGCCCUUAAACGAACAGUACUGACAUUAGAGAACAUAUUAUAACAUCAAAUUAAAUUAAACUCAUACUAUAACAAAUCCAUUUAUUUCAUGCAAGGCAAAGGGCGUUUCUGUCACGCAAAGUGACACAGCUGACUGACAUCUCGUCCUUAUGUUGCGUUGCAUAAUAAAAUAAUACAAUGAACAGCACAUUAAAACUUUAGCAAACAAAUAAAGUGUAUACAAACCUUUAGUUCGCUGGAGGAGUGCACCAAAUUGGCGGGGCUGAGAAUCAGUUUCUCCUGUAGAGGACUCAAAAAGCUUGUGCUCUGACUGUAACUCAGUAGCUGGGUUGUUUCUUCAGAGACAGGCUCAACCCAGCUUUUGGGUUUAAAAAAAAUAACCCAGCGUUAAAAAUGGCCCAGCAACUUAGUUACAGAAAAACUACCAAUUUUUUUUUUUUUUUUAAAGAACCCAAUAAAAUGACCCAACAAGCUGGACCCAGCACUUGGGUAAAAAAAAUAACCCAGCACCUGUGUAAAAAUAGUAAAAACAACCCAAUAAAAUGACCCAAUGGGCUGAACCCAGCAUUUGGGUUAAUAAAAAUAACCCAGCAUUUUUUAGACUGUACCAAAUAUAUAAUUGCCUUAAUUUGCAUAACCUAUGUUUGACAAAAAUGGUUCUUUUUCUAUUAUUAUGUACAUGUUUCACAUAUUAUAUUUUACUUUUUAUAUUAUUUUUUGCUCACUGUGUUUUAUGUUGCUUUGCAUGAAGGAUUCUUUUAUUGGCUACUAUAACUUUGUUGAGUAUGAGUGAAUGUCAAACUGCCAAUCAA